ACUACUGCUGUAAUAAUGAGGGAGUACUGCCCUGGUACGAGGGUCUUAUCUUUCAGAUGGCAGUCCUUUGGAUUAUCCACUCGGGUGAAAACUAAUAUCAUCGCUCUGCUGACUGAGCGUUCGCCUUGUUUUGUAGAGAAAGACAUCAACUCCGCUGCGUCAAGUCCCACAGGUGCCCUGAUGACUGGCAGUUGGGCAGGCUGGGCUGUCACGGGGGUAUCCACUCUCACUUCCAAGUUAAUCCGAGGAAAUCCAGCGGCUGGAGGGCAACCGGCUGCAGGACAGGCCCCAGGAGACAAGCCGGAGACGAGAGAAGAGGCGGGUGACAGACCGAGCGCCACCCCCACAGCACCGGCCCCCUCCGAAGAGCCAGCCGACGAGGAGGAUGCGGCAGACAAGUGGGACGACGAAGACUGGGGUAGCCUAGAGAACGUCUCUGCCAGCGGCAACAAGGAUCCCAGUCGCGUGGCUUCGGACUGGGACACUGCGGGCUGGGGUGUGAGCGACAGCUGGGAACCGAAAGCGGCCCAGGAUCAGGGUCCCGCGGAAACAGAUAGCUGGACCAGCGAGUGGGGCAAUGAGCUGAUGCUGAGUCAGAGCAAGACCCUGAAGGCGAGGGCCUCGGCGAUUCGGCAGGAGGUGCGGUUGGCGAGUGAGUACAACUGGGACGGGACGAGUGGCCUGAGCAAGGACGAGGACUUAUUCGCCACUCUCAGUCAGCCAUCUUCAACAAGCCAGAAAGACGAGGAUACGUGGAAUGUGGACCCCACAGCUGGCUGGGACACCGAAGAAAACUGGGAGUCAAUCGAAGCUGAACCAGGACUAAGCAAAUCAGAUCUUGCCAGAAAGAAGCGGGAGGAGCGGAAGAGAGAAAUAGAGGCAAAGAGAGCAGAGAGGAAAGCUGCCAAAGGACCAUUGAAGCUUGGUGCCCGAAAAGUUGACUGAAGUGAUGCAGCUGCUGGGGCUGAUCACUCUAUGACAGUGCAAUUAAGUGUUCCAUUUCAUUCCGAGAGAGGCCAUUGCAGGGAGUCCCGCUGUGUUUUCAAUCGAACCUAAAAAAGCUUUAACCCCCCACCCCUUUUUCUUCACAAGUUGAUUUGUUUCUUCUGGAGCCUCGACUCACGUGGAAUUCUGUGCUAUGCAGUAUGUAAGGACAGAGGAGAGAGUCGGAAGUGGAUGAAGAUGCACCAAACAAACAGUUGGAUUCUCAAAAGCAUGAUAAGAAGUUGCUGGUUUCAGAUUACGUGUGCAACUCCUCAAAAACGUGGAACCUUUACAUCGAGAUCAUGCCCUGUUUGGAUAUCCAUUGUAUGAGACUGUAGUGCAAUUACAUAGCUGUGCAGUAAAAAGAAAUCUUUUGAAGCUAA